GAAAUGGUGUGGGAUAUCUGUGGUGUUGUGGAAGCGAGAUGGAUUGUACAUGGGGGAACAGUUGCGUGUUUGCGUAUAUCACACACAUCAUCUCUGUCGUCAGUUUGUCACACACGCAUUUUCAUCGCGUCCGCACCGGCUUUCGUGUGAAGAUCGCUCAUCAUCACGGAAGCUAGACAACUGUUGCUGCUUGACAUCGCGAAGGAACCUAUAUCACAAGGCGGUCAACAAACUACCUGGAGCGACGCAUAUGCAAAAGGGUGAGGUACAUUGAAAGCCUUAUAUCUCAGCAACCUUAACCAUAAAGGAUCAACAAUGGAAGAUAAAGUGUACACGGUGCAGGAGAAUAUAGAUUAUUUUGAGCGGAUAAGAGGUGAACGUCACAAUUGCGACAUUGAAGGUUUCGCUUUGGAACAUGCAGAAAGUAUGACAGCUUCUAGAAAUCUGAUGCGGGAGAGGAGGGCAUCUGGUUCUGGCAGGUCUGGAACUGAUGGUGCUGCUCAGCCCGCCGACAGUUAUCCUGGAGUCAUGGAGAAAAGGGACAGGGAUGAACUGGUCUCAGUUGAUGAUGAUUCUGCCGAUGUCGAUGGAGCACACAAUAAAGCCGUACCUGGCGGAGAUGAAAGCUUGGAUGAAGUUGACAAAAUGCAACCCGUGACAAACUUUGUCAAUGAUGUACACGUCACAGGUGCCACAGGCGGAGAUGACAGCGUGAAUGAAGAGGACCAUAUGCAGCACGUGACAAACGUUGUCAAUGAUGUACACAUCACAGGCGUCACAGGUGGAGAUGACAGCGUGGAUAAAGAGGACAGCAUGAAGCAGGUAACGGGUAUUUCAUCCGAUGAAGAUGUUGAUUCUUCUGAUGUUGGAGUGGAGCACAUUUCAGGCGUUACUGGGGGAGAUGUUGACAACUCGACUGUAGUUGGCGUGGUAAAAGGCGGAAUGCGCAACAAACAGACCUUGAUUGAUAGCGACAUCUGUAUCACAGGCGGCAGAAGCCAGCCUGACGGAGAUGACACCGAUGCAGAUGACAAACUGAAGGAAGUCACUGGAGUUGCAGGUGGUGCUGUCAAGGACGCUACCGUUGUUGGGGAAGUACACGGAGGCAUGGAAAAUGAACAAACCAUCGAAAAUUCUAAAAUCUACUCUGAUGGUGGCUUCGGUGGAAGCCUUCAGUUCCUCGACCUGAACAUCAGACAGAGAGACAAUUCCGGAGAACAGCAAGAUGGCGCUGUGCAGAUCAUCAAAGACUGCAUCAUUGAUCUCCGAAAACCAGAUGACCCCAUAGACAAAGACAACAAGGGCGAUGAUGCAGAUUGCUACAAGGAUGAGGCUGGAUCUGUGGCUGGAAACCCUGUUAAGGAGCCAGAUGAAGAAACUGAAAAUCAAGAAAUGCAGAAAAAGAUACAGGAAGUGAAGGAGCAGUCUGAGAGGGAGGAAGAAACACGACGACUCAUUGAGGAAAAACAGGCUGACAUGGAGGAACAAGAAACACGACGACUCAUUGAGGAAAAACAGGCAGACAUGGAGGAACAAGAAACACGACGACUCAUGCAGGAAAAACAGGCAGCCAUGGAGGAACAAGAAACACGACGACUCAUGGAGGAAAAACAGGCAGACAUGGAGGAACAAGAAACACGACGACGCAUGCAGGAAAGACAGGCAGACAUGGAGGAACAAGAAACACGACGACUCAUGCAGGAAAGACAGGCAGACAUGGAGGAACAAGAAACACGACGACUCAUGCAGGAAAGACAGGCAGACAUGGAGGAACAAGAAACUCGACGACUCAUGGAGGAAAAACAGGCAGCCAUGGAGGAACAAGAAACACGACGACUCAUGGAGGAAAAACAGGCAGACAUGGAGGAACAAGAAACACGACGACGCAUGCAGGAAAGACAGGCAGACAUGGAGGAACAAGAAACACGACGACUCAUGCAGGAAAGACAGGCAGACAUGGAGGAACAAGAAACUCGACGACUCAUGGAGGAAAAACAGGCAGCCAUGGAGGAACAAGAAACACGACGACUCAUGGAGGAAAAACAGGCAGCCAUGGAGGAACAAGAAACACGACGACUCGUGCAGGAAAGACAGGCAGCCAUGGAGGAACAACUGCAAAGGGAACAAAGAGAACGAGAACAGAUGCAGUUUGAGGUGCAGAGAAUAGGCAAUGAACAAAGACAAAAUGCUGCAUACAGAGGGCAGCCCAAUCAAGUCGUCGUCAAUCCUCACAUGGCUGCUGGUGGGAUGGUGGUAGUUCCAGCUGCCCCGAGAUUGGUGUAUGUCAACCCUAAUCCUCAACCCGCCAGGAGAGGGAAUGGUCUAAUGGAGAACAUCCAACAAUUCUUUAAUGGACUGUAGAACAGGAAAUAAACAGAAGAAGCAGUGUGAACGACAACCCAAGGUUACAGACAGGAUUCUCCAGACAGACAUCAGUUACAAUGCGUGUAGCUAGCUACCUUGGCGCAAAGACUUGACAUGAAAAGACGGACAGACGUGUUCAGAACAUUUCAAUAUAAUCCAUGUUACUUCAAAGGUCAUUUUUAGAAAGGAAUCAUCAAAUGGGUUUUAUACUUUUCAAAGUACAUGCUUCAUUCGCUACAUGUUUCAGACAUACUUCUACUUAAAAAGGCAACCUUCCUAGAAUGUUGUUUGGUUAGUUGUGAAUGUUACAUUGAAGGUGUCUUUAUGCACCGUAAAGUCUGUUGAUUAUCGCCAUCACUGCAAAUCUCUAUCAGGCGUCUGGGUUGCCUUGUGUUUAAAGUUUGUACUCGACAUACAAACAUGGCCUUGAAUCCAAACAUGGCCAUUUUGUAAAAUGAAAAUGCCAACCGCGGGAAUGUUGCUAAAAGUAUCGUUAAACUCGUUGGUUCAUUCUCCAACAUUUCUGUUCCUCAGAUGAACAAGUGUGAUCGUUAUUUAUACUUUUUGACAUGCUGUAUAAGAACUUAUUCCCGCCAAUCAUGAAUAACUAUUGCACUUGACUAGCAUCUAUUUAUAUGCUAUUAGAGUUUUAUGUGGCAAUGCACCAGUUAUUUCUUAUCACAAUUUUAAUUGUGUAAUAUGGGCUGGGUAUAUUUGCUGAACAUUAUUAAGCUCAGUUUAAUCUCCAUAUCCCCGUGGGAAUGGUGGGUGAGAGCAGGUCCCCAGCAACCGAUGCUUGUCGUAAGAGGCGACUUGGUGGGUCGUGUGGUCAGACUGCGGUGAAAAUCAACAGCCAUACAAUCAACAAUACCCCUUACACGUUAUUGAUCUUUGAAGUUGUGAGGUAACAUGUUUCUUGUUGUUUUCAUUUGUUUUCAAUCAAAUGGUCCAGCGACACACCUUCCACGAUAAGCCAAGAUGUCAGGAUUUCGCCCCGGGGCGAUAACUAAAAUAUGCCCUCUUGCAUUUACCACAUCUUGUUUCUGUAUAGAAAGGAAGACCUUCCAGUUUUGCACCUGGCAAUGUUAUCAGGGCUCAUCGCCACAUGAUAUUGACUAAACCGAGGGGUUGACAACGAGGACAUAUGAUCAUAUAUCGUAAUAAACCUGCAUAUGUAGCUAACCAUUCGACAGGUUAAUUUGUUAUUGGUCAUGUAAAGUUUUUCUUCAAAUUGCAAUAAAUAUGAUGUCUUAGUUAACAUGAACAGGAAUAGAGUGAGUGAGUUUGGUUUUACGCCGCUUUUAGCAAUAUUCCAGCAGUAUCACGGCGGAUGACAUCAGAAAUGGGUUUCACACAUUGUACCAAUGUCGGGAAUCGAACCCGGGUCUUCGGUGUGACGAGGGAGCACUUUACCCACUAGGCUACCCGACAGCCCCCUGAGGAAUAAAGCUACAUUCAGACUAUGCUGGGAUAACUUGAACAGAUGUACUAAAUUGAACCGAUCUGUUUUUGCGAAGUGAUAUCCAAACUCACGUUGAGUAGAAUAGACUUUUCUUACACACCUGUGGGUGAGAAACCAAUUUGAAACAUAUUUGUGAUAUCGAAUUUCAGGCCAGUGAUUGGCUACUUUCAUUAGUGUAAAUCAUUCAUAGUUGCUCGUGCUUCAGUCGAAUGUUCACCUACGUCUGUAUUGAACCACAGGACCGUGUAAUCAUUAAUAACAAUAAACGAACUCGUCCUCGUC